AAUCUGAUAUCAUAACUGCUGCACAUAAUUUAGCAAGCACAUGCUUGGCAAAUAUUGAACUUAAUCGAAAUCAAGAAAAAAAUAAAAAUUUAGUUGCUGAAAAUAAAGAAAAAAAAUCACGUAUAGAUACUAUUAUUGGAAUAUCUAAGUAUAAUUGCUGGCAAUGGCCAAUUGCAGGUUCAUUGGCAAGAUAUAUUGUGGCAUGUCCCUUGUCUCACUUUAGAACUCCGGUCUAUCUUUCUCUCACUACAAUUACUAGCUUGUGUAAUAAAGAACUUUAUCAUCCAAAACCAAAAGUCUCAAUAUAUACUGAACCACAAUCGAAGUGGACGAUAGCUUUACCAAAACCUCAAGAUAAGAAAAAAUAA